CUCCAUCUUUCUCUCACUAAACACCUCCAUCUCCUUCACAAGAGAGAGAGAGAGAGAGAGAGAGAUGCAACAUCGUCAUCUGCGACUUGGGAUCAGUUAGACGCACGUGUCUCCAGCAUCGGAUCAUCGUCAGCAGCUCCUCCCGACCGGAAUGGCCGUGGUUCGGAAGCUGGUCGUGGAGGUGGAGGACGCCGUCAACCUCUCCCCCAAGGACGGCCAGGGCGCUUCCAGCCCUUACGUGGUCGCCCACUUCCACGGGCAGCGCAAGCGCACCCGCACCGCCGUCAGGGAGCUCUCCCCCCGGUGGGACGAGGUCCUCGAGUUCGCCGUCCGGUCCGCCGACUUCUUCGGCAACGCGCUCGAGGUCGACGUCCUCCACGACAAGGCCCACGGCCCCACCACCCGCAACAACUCCCUCGGCCGCGUCCGCCUCAGCUCCUCCCAGUUCGUCUGGAAGGGCGAGGAGGCCCUCAUCUAUUACCCUCUCCGUGGCAAGAACUGGUACAGCUGGGUCCAGGGUAAUCUCGGGUUGAAGAUCUAUUACACGGUUGAGGUCCCGCCGCCGCAGCCUCCGCCGCCGCUGCAUCCUCCCGCGGCGGAGGAACCGAAGGCUCUGGAAGCCGACGCGGCACAGCCGCAGGAGGCUGAAUCCAAGCCGCCCGAGCCUGCCGAGCAGUCGCUGCCUCUACCCGAUGGGGCGGCAGCCGCCGGUUCCACAUCUCAAGCCACACCACCAGCUGAGGGCGCAAAGCCUAAUGAAGAGCCACCUAACGAAGAUGUGCCGCCACCGGCGCCACCAUCGCCUGAAAAUGCUCCUCCAGACGUCGAAACUACUGUCAAAGCAGAACCGCCGGAAACAGCAGAGGCAAAUCCAGAAGACUCGCAAGCACCGCCACCGUCGCCGGCACCAUCACGAACUUCCAUGGAGCCCGAAAUGGAUGCAGCCUCUCAGUGGGUGCCUCCACCGCCCAUGCCGCCGGAGCUGAUGGCGGCUUCCGUCUCGGCAUCAGUCCCCCAAGUAAAAUUCGCGGGGACACAUUGUUGUCAGCCGAUGCCGCCGAGGCAGCCGAUGACCAGGACCUACACUAUGGAUUCGCUGGACAGCGUCGUCAUCGAACGUUCGUCGUUCGAUCUGGUGGAGAAGAUGCACUACCUCUUCGUCAGGGUGGUCAAAGCCCGGCACUUGCCGACCAACGGAAGCCCCGUCGUGAAGAUCGUCGUCUCCGGCGCUCACGUCAAGUCCAAGCCCGCGCGCAAGAGCGCGUCCACCGCAUUCUUCGAGUGGGACCAGACAUUCGCUUUCGGCCGCGACGGCCCCGAGUCCUCCUCCAUCUUGGAAGUCUCCGUGUGGGACCCGCCAUCCCUCCACGUGGACCGCCGCUCCGCGUCCGACGUGGCGGGCCACAAGUUCUUCGGCGGCAUCUGCUUCGAUGCCUCAGAGAUCCCCCUGCGGGACCCGCCGGACAGCCCGCUGGCCCCGCAGUGGUACCGGCUGGAAGGCGGCGGGGCCCACCAUGGCGACCUGAUGCUUGCCACGUGGAUCGGCACCCAGGCCGACGAGUCCUUCCCCGACGCAUGGAAGACCGACGCGGCCGGCGACGUGAACGCGCGCGCCAAGGUGUACCAGUCGCCGAAGCUCUGGUACUUGAGAGCCACCGUGCUCGAGGCUCAGGACGUCCUGCCGUUGGCGGCGGCGGCGAGGAAUGAGUUAUCGUUUCAGAUCAAAGCGCAGCUCGGAUUCCAAAUACAGAAGACGAAGGUCUCCGUCGCCCGCGACGGCGCCCCGUCGUGGAACGAGGACUUGCUGUUCGUGGCGGCCGAGCCUUUCAGCGACAACCUUAUUUUCACCAUAGAGAACCGGCUACCCAGAGGGCCGGUCCUGAUCGGCGCCGCAACCGUCCCUCUCGUGGCCAUCGAGAGGCGCGUGGACGACCGUAAGGUGGCGUCGCGGUGGUUCACGUUCGAGGACGACAACGGCCAGCAGAGCGUGUACAAGGGCAGGGUCCACCUGAGGCUGUGCUUCGACGGGGGAUAUCACGUGAUGGACGAGGCGGCGCACGUGUGCAGCGACUACCGGCCCACGGCGAGGCAGCUUUGGAGGCCGCCGGUCGGAUCGGUGGAGCUCGGGAUCAUCGGGUGCAAGAACUUGCUGCCGAUGAAGACCGCGAACGGCAAGGGAUCUACGGACGCGUAUUGCGUCGCAAAGUACGGCCCCAAGUGGGUACGCACGCGUACCGUAUGCGACACGUUGGAUCCCAAGUGGAACGAGCAGUACACGUGGCGGGUCUACGACCCGUGCACGGUCCUGACGAUCGGAGUCUUCGAUAGCUGGGGAGCGUUCGAGCCGGACGGUCCUCAAGAAGCCGCCGCGCCUCCCGAUUUUCGCAUCGGCAAAGUACGGAUACGUAUAUCUACGCUCCAGGCUAACAGGGUGUACCGCUACUCGUAUCCGCUGCUCGUGUUGUCGAAAGCUAGCCUGAAGAAAAUGGGGGAAGUGGAGAUCGCCGUAAGGUUCGCGCGGACGGCUCCGACGCUCGACGUCCUGCAUGUGUACUCGCAGCCUCUGUUGCCGUUGAUGCAUCACGUCAGGCCCCUAGGAGUGGUCCAGCAGGAGUUGCUGAGGAGCGCCGCGGCGAAGAUCAUGGCCGCGCACUUGUCCCGGUCCGAGCCGCCGCUCAAGCGCGAGGUGGUGCUGUACAUGCUAGACGCCGACUCGCACACGUUCAGCAUGCGCAAGGUGCGCGCGAACUGGUUGCGGAUCAUCAACGUGCUCGCCGGGCUGAUCGACGUGGUCCGCUGGAUCGAGGACACGCGCGGGUGGAAGAACCCGACGGCUACGGCGCUCGUGCACGCGCUGCUGAUCAUGCUGGUCUGGUUCCCGGACCUGAUCGUACCCACGAUAGCAUUCUACGUGUUUGUGAUCGGGGCGUGGAACUACCGGUUCCGGGGCCGGGACAAGCUCCCGCACUUCGACCCAAAGAUGUCUCUGGCCGACACCGCAGACCGCGAGGAGCUCGAUGAGGAGUUCGACCAGGUGCCGAGCAUGAGGCCACCGGACGCCGUGCGCGUGAGGUAUGACAAGCUGCGCGUGCUUGGGGCACGUGUGCAGACGAUGCUCGGGGACCUCGCCACGCAGGGGGAGAGGGUGCAGGCGCUAGUGACGUGGCGCGACCCGAGGGCCACGGGGAUCUUCAUCCUGCUGUGCUUCAUGGUGGCGGUGAUACUGUACUUGGUGCCGACGAAGAUGGUGGCGAUGGCAUCGGGGUUCUACUAUUUCCGGCACCCGAUAUUCCGAGAUCGGAUGCCAUCGCCGGUUUUGAACUUCUUCCGGAGGUUGCCUGCCCUUUCUGACCGUUUGAUGUAAGAGCACUUCAAAAGUGAGUAUUAGUAUAGGCUCGGUACGGCUCAUUUUCGUUCAUGCUUUUGCAGAGCACAUCACAUCAGUAGCUCACAACACUAGUCUCUCUGUUACCAGUAGCUAUUGUAAUCUUUUGAAUUUCUG